UCAAGGCAAGACAUUGCAGCACUUCAGCUGAGCCUCCUUCCUGCAACAGAAGCAGCAGCAGCAGCAGUGGAAGAAGGCCAUUCAACAUAAUUCAUGCUUUUCAAUUUCAGGGAAUUCUAUAAAUAGUUAAUCCCAAGGUCCCCUUCUAGGUCUCGCUCCCGUUCUCGUUCUCGCUCUCGCGACCGUGGUCGACGCGAUAGGGAUGACUGGGGCCGAGGUGGAGGGUAUGGUGGCAGCGGUGGAGGUGGGAGGCCGUCGCUGAAGGGAAGGCAGCCAGGAGAACGCCUGCGGAAGCCAAAGUGGGACCUGUCCAGACUUGCCCCUUCGAGAAGAACUUUUACCAGCCCACACCUGUUGUUGUCAACCGACAGCCCUAUGAAGUGGAACAAUACAGAAAUGAAAAGGAAAUCACACUUAGAGGAAAGAACAUUCCCAACCCCAUUCAAUACUUCACUGACUACAAUUUCCCAGACUAUGUAAUGGCUGAAAUCCGUCGACAGGGCUAUGAAGCACCUACACCUAUUCAGGCACAAGGCUGGCCUAUUUCAUUACAAGGAAGGGACUUUGUUGGUAUUGCACAGACCGGCUCAGGAAAGACCCUGGGUUACAUUUUACCAGCCAUUGUUCACAUCAAUCACCAGCCAUAUUUGGAAAGGGGAGACGGCCCUAUUGCACUCAUUUUGGCUCCCACAAGAGAACUUGCCCAACAGAUCCUUACAGUUGCACAAGACUUCGGUUCAUCUUCAAAGAUCCGCUCCACAUGUGUGUUUGGUGGCGCACCUAAAGGACCACAGAUUCGAGACUUGGAACGAGGGGUUGAGAUCUGUAUUGCCACACCAGGACGUCUCAUUGAUUUCUUAGAAGCAGGAAAAACAAACCUUCGCCGUUGUACAUAUUUAGUACUUGAUGAGGCAGACCGCAUGUUGGACAUGGGCUUUGAACCGCAAAUCAGAAAAAUUGUAGAGCAGAUCCGGCCUGACCGACAAACUCUUAUGUGGUCUGCAACUUGGCCCAAAGAGGUGAGGAAUCUUGCCGAAGACUUCCUAAAAGAGUACAUUCAGCUUAAUGUAGGCUCCCUAUCCCUCGCAGCCAACCACAACAUCCUCCAGAUUGUAGAUGUUUGUCAAGAGAUGGAAAAAGAUACAAAGCUGCGCCAGUUGCUCAAUGAGAUGGCGCAAGAGAGGGCUUACAAGACAAUAAUCUUUAUCGAAACGAAGCGGAAGGUGGAGGAUGUUACUCGUGGGUUGAGGAGUACUGGGUGGCCAGCUAUGUGUAUCCAUGGAGACAAAUCUCAACAAGAAAGAGACUGGGUUUUAAGUGAAUUCCGUUCAGGGCGGGCACCAAUUUUGGUUGCCACAGACGUUGCUGCUCGAGGGUUAGAUGUGGAUGAUGUGAAGUUCGUGAUCAACUACGACUACCCAUCUUGCUCUGAGGAUUACGUUCACCGAAUUGGGCGAACUGGACGCUCAGACAAGACAGGAACUGCAUACACAUUCUUCACAGCAGACAACUGUAAGCAGGCAAAGGAUCUGAUCGAAGUGCUGAAGGAGGCCAAUCAAGUUGUUAAUCCCCGGUUAUAUGAAAUCAUGGAAAUGGGACGCGGUGGUGGAGGUAAAGGCCGCAAUCGCUGGAGGGGACGUGAUGAUGACAGGAGGGGUGUUUUGGACGUGACCGCGCCGCACCGCAGCCGUCCGAGUGGCGGAAGGAACGGCUACACCAACGGAAAUGGAUAUGCCUACUGAAGCCUGGGCCGGAGGUGACCGCUUACCGCUGCACCAUCCCCUUUCUAGGAGAUUAGAGGUUGCGCACGUUACCACUAAGUACUUGACAGGCCCGGUUGUCAAGGUUAGGGAAAGUUGGACUCACCCCAUCAUUACAGUGUGCGGACACCUACGCCAUUCCUUCUUGUUUGUCUACAGGACUGCUGUCUGCUUAAAGCCAACGACGUCACUUAGUAAAACCUCACUGUCCAAAAGCCGGUUGAGUUUAGUCAGUUCAUGUCAGCAUGUCGUUGAUUCAUCAAAUGAUCUUUUGUUUCCUUUUUUUUAACCAAAUAUUCCAUUGUACUUUUAGGAAGCAUUUCCUAUUUUCUUUAUAUUGUAUAGAGGAUAUUAUUUUUCAUUGUAUCAACUUUAAAGAAAUUAUUUGUAUGGACCAAGAAUCUUUGUAACCCUCUAUGAAUAAUAAAAAAAAAAUGUAAGAC